CCGAGUUGCCCUACACAGCCACAUGACUUCCCUCUGGCUCUGAAUGCAGGUGCCGUGUGCUAUGAUCACGUCCUCGAUGGUGUAGCGGUAACAUAGGUGCUUUUCAUUCUUGGAUUUAAAUGUCGCACUUGCCCGGGGUUCGACUCCCCGUCGGGGAACUUUUUGACUUCCCAUGAUCUUUCCCGUUACUCUUGUACAUACCCUUUCUAACUCCGUUAGCGAGGUAGUCACAUCCCCACCCAAUACACGUGUGACCAUCGCUGUCACAUCACACCAUUAGGCUCCGAUCUCUCUCAACUCUUCCUUGAUCGUGAUGUUCUGCGGACGUUCUACAUUGACCCUCUCCCAGGGGGAAGCUCAAUAUCAUGCGCCCACUACAUGACAAUACACUAGGGGGUAUCAUCCGGAAGCAGUGCGCUCUGAUUGUAGCGACGAGGGCGGUAAAUCAUCAUUCGUGCCGGUGCCGCAGAAGUCGACGCCUUCUCCGUCGUCGAGUUGCAGACUAAGAAUCUGUGCUAGUGAUUGGGCCUUCAUGCCGACCUCUGGUCUGCGCGACUGACGAGGCUCGAUGCCUCGGUGUUCGCCGCUCCUGCUAUCUCUCUCGUUCUUCCUUUUGCUUACCCCAGGCUGGGCUCAAGAAUCGCUGACCCUCUGGCUCUUCGGCUCUGGACGUUUGCUGCCGGGGACGGCGACGCUCGCACCCAUUCCCAUCGGCACACGCUCAGAUGGAUCUGCCACAACCUACCUAUACCAGGUUCUCAAUCCGAGCCAGGUCAAGACCACAGAUGCGGCGGGUGUCAUCGAAGUCGCCACAGUCGCUGCACCCACCUCCAGGACGAUCAUCGCGUCUGCGUCAGGCUGGACGGAGCCGUUUGCCACCGACAUCGCUGUGGUGUGCCAGCUGACGAGCUCCGCGGCGGGCGAAUGCAUCAACAUCUCCGGCACGUCAACCGUCGUCGCCAAUACCGGGGCACCGACACCAGUCGUUCUGCCCAUCGCCACUCAAUCGGUCGCCGCUUCCCCCACGACCAUUCCGGGGCUCUCCUCCAGCCCGUCUGCGUCCCCACCGCCGAACAAUCCAGAUCCAUCCCACACGGCCGUCGUUCCUAUCGUCGUCCCCGUCGUCGUCGUACUGGUGCUGGUGCUGGUGCUAUUCAUCUGCAUCUGGCUCCUGCGUCGGCGGCGGCGGCAGAAGGCAAUGGGACUGAGACGUGCUGAUCUAGAGGGCGGGAUCGAUCCGACUCCCUCGCUGUCGCAAAACACGAGAAGCCGGAUGGCGCAAGUGAAUCCAAUGGACUUGUACACUCCGCAUGCGCACACCGAGCUCACCGAGAGCGAGCACCACUGGCACAGCGGAUCGCACUCCCAGUAUACGAGUCCCACCGCCAGCUCCGGUAUCGCGGAGAGCACGCAGUCGAGUACGGCUGUGCCCGCCGUCCCGAUCCUCCAGAUCCCCUCCCCCGGUGUCAGCCGGCGGGCCACGGCUGGCGCUGACGACGUUGUUCGGGUGCUGGUCACUAGAACGCCGAGGAGCCUGGGUGCCGGUGGAUCCCGUCCUCUUCCUUUACCCGAGGAGUCCCGCAGCGGGGCUGGUGUCUCGGAGAAGGAGCUGGAGCUGAGAGCCGAUAUCCAGCGGAGGAUGGAUGAGCAAAAUGGGCCAAGUUCAGAAACCUUGCCUCCUUAUGUGGAUUGAUUGAUACUCAGACUUGCGUUAUUUAUACCUACCCAUAUGUUGUGCGUAGCACACACGACUGCAUAAGUAUAUGUAUCGAUGUGUGUGUGUGUG